AGGAAUACAUUGACUGUUUUGAUCUUUGGCGGAAGCAGUGAAUCCUAAAAAGAAAAGCGCAACAUAAUAUUGGUAGGAUUUUUUCGAAAUAGGAUUUGUUUCGUGGGACCGCUGGUCAAAAGGGCAAUGUCAGGCGCCGGCGAUAUGAUUAACGAGCGGUUAUUGCUAAAGGAGCUGAAGAGCGCGGGAGUGUUCAAGUUGGGCAACUUUACUUUGCAAAGUGGUCAAAUUUCGCCGAUCUACGUGGAUCUACGUGUGCUCUUUACGUUACCCAAAGUGCUUAGCUUGACAGCGAAUUGUAUGUGCACUAUGAUGGAAGCGAAGAAUUUAAAGUAUGAUUAUAUCGUUGGCGUGCCAUAUGCAGCAUUACCACUUUCGACGAUUAUUGCUGAUCGAUUAGAAAAACCAAUGUUGUUACGGCGUAAGGAAGUAAAAUCAUAUGGAACGAGGAAAAUUAUAGAGGGCAAAUAUGAAGCUGGGAAACGAGCUCUGGUCAUUGAAGAUGUUGUCACUUCAGGUAAAAGUAUUUUGGAAACGGUUCUUGCAUUACGCAGCGAAGGUCUGAUCUGUGAGGAUGCCAUAUGUGUGUUGGAUCGAGAACAGGGUGGUCCACAAAAUGUCCAGGAUGAAGGGCUUACUCUGUACAGUUUACUGGGAAUGAACAAAGUGCUUGAUUUCCUGAUCGAUAUCGGCAUCAUUACUGCAAAAAGGAAGGAAGACAUACUGUAUCAGUUAACACUUCCCCCACCCACUGAAAAAAUACAUAACCAUGAUUGGUCAUUAACAUCACGGGAAAAUUCCACACCAAAUGCUUUAAAUAAAAGGCUGUUAGAAAUAAUGAAUAAGAAGAAAACAUGUUUGUGUAUAGCAAUUGACAUCACUAAAUGUGAGGACAUCAUACAAAUUGUUGAAAAGACUGCUGGUUAUAUCUGCGCCGUAAAGCUACAUGCUGAUGUGAUUGAAGAUUUCAGUGAUGCUUUUGUGCGCAAACUUACUUCAUUGGCUAAUAAUCUUGAUUUCAUCAUUUUUGAAGACAGAAAGUUAGCUGACACUGGCUACACGACAAAUUUACAACUUACGAAAGGACCGUUCAAAAUAGCAUCCUGGGCACAAAUUGUCUCUGUCCAUGCUCUUUCUGGACAACCCGUUUUGAAUGUCAUAAGAAAGAUUGUUGAUCAGCCCAAAGCAAAACUUACUGGUUGUUUGUUGGUUGUGGAAAUGAGUUCUGGAGCCUUCAUUAAUUCGAAACAAUACUUGGACGAUGCACUAGAGUUGGCAAAGAGUAAUCGUGAUAUCGUAAGCGGGUUCAUUUGUCAGAAACGUUGCACGAAUAUACCAGGUUUUCUCUACUGGACUUCAGGAGUUCAUAUGGAUGCAAUGAGCGAUGGAAUUGGUCAAAACUGGCGUACAAUCGAGAAUGCAAUAGGCGUAGAUGGAAACGAUAUAGUGGUAGUGGGACGAGCAAUUACUGGUGCAGCUGAUAUCAAUACUCAGAUCCGGCGGUAUCGUGAUGCUACAUGGGAAUCAUAUAUUAACAGGCAGCAAAACCAUUAA